AUGACCAUGCUCUCAACCAUCUGGAAGAAUGUUUGGUUGCAACAUGGGCGGCUUGUGUUUGAUCAGGACUUCUUUGAAAGCAUCCGAAAAUAUGUAGUUGCAAACUCCACAAGUGCUGUGAACAUAAUCAAUAAUAUUCUCUUGCUCCGUCGUGGGCCAAUCAAGAAAUUUACUUUAAACAUUUUCUUAGAGCCUAAGCUGCAACAGUCUGAUAUAGAGCGGUGGUGUCAUUUUCUAUCAAGAAAUGUUAUUGAAGAACUCACCUUGCAUUUGUUUGUUGUUCGAAGUACGCUUAAGCUGCCAAGUAACUUCAUUUUAGUUUUCGAUAGCGUUGAGCUUAAGUGGAGUGUUAAUGGAGUUUCCUCUACUAUUCCUAAUCUUGAGAAGCUGGCUUUCCUUGGAGGUUGUGAGGGGAUGGAUAAAUUUGAGAUCAUUGCUCCCAAACUUGAAAGCUUGUCUCACAUUAGUGCUUAUUCUGGGUUUGAACCGAGAUGGUUUGCACUUCAAUUGAAGAGAAUUAAGAGUCUUUGCUUGUCUGGCACGUGGAGGUGUGCAGCAGCUGUGCUUAAUUCUUCGACUGCAAUAAAUCUGCAAAUAAUGGAGCUGCAUCAUUUGAGAUUUAGUUGUGAGAAGCAGAUCGCCACCGCUAUGGCAUUGCUUCAAAAAUCUCCCAACCUAUGUGAAUUGGGUAUUAGGGCAGGAACGCCAUCAUGGAGUGACUAUGAAGAAGAUGCUUUGAAGCAUUUGGAGGAUCUAGACCAUUACUUUAUUAAUCAGGAUAUGAAGAUGUUUAGUACAGUCAAGAUUGAAGGGUUUAAUGGAUCUAGGUUUGAAGUUCUUUUUGUAAAGUCGGUCUUCACCAAAUGCCCUGCAUUGGAGAGAGUUGUUAUUCACCCUGCAUGGAUCGGGAGUAUAACAUAUGCUUUAAUGGGGAUGAAUAAUAUCCUAAGGGAAUUGACGUGCUUCCAUCGUGCAUCUCCUAAUGCACAACUUGUCAUCCUCGAGCACAAGUCUACCAAUAACCUUGUUGGUUAUAAUGCCGUAGAUGACAUCUAA